AUGUUUAUAAAACAUAACCUGCUUUGUCUUUCUCUCCUACUCAUAUGAUCUUUGCAGCUGGUGUCCAACAUCCUCAUCUUCAUCUGCACAAACAUUGUAGGAGUGUGUACACACUAUCCAGCUGAGGUGUCCCAAAGACAGGCCUUUCAGGAAACAAGGGAAUGCAUUCAAGCUCGCCUACAUUCUCAGAGGGAAAACCAGCAGCAGGAGCGUCUCCUGCUUUCUGUACUGCCUCGCCAUGUUGCCAUGGAGAUGAAAGCUGACAUUAAUGCCAAAAAAGAAGAUAUGAUGUUUCAUAAAAUUUAUAUCCAGAAACAUGACAAUGUCAGCAUCCUCUUCGCAGACAUUGAGGGUUUUACCAGUCUCGCUUCCCAGUGCACUGCUCAGGAGCUGGUCAUGACGCUGAAUGAACUCUUUGCCAGAUUUGAUAAGCUUGCUGCUGAGAAUCACUGUUUACGUAUAAAAAUCUUAGGUGAUUGCUAUUACUGUGUAUCUGGAUUACCUGAGGCCAGAGCAGACCAUGCACACUGUUGUGUUGAAAUGGGAAUGGAUAUGAUAGAAGCCAUUUCAUUAGUACGAGAAGUGACGGGCGUCAAUGUGAAUAUGCGAGUUGGAAUCCACAGCGGGAGAGUUCACUGCGGAGUCUUGGGCCUCAGGAAAUGGCAGUUUGAUGUGUGGUCAAAUGAUGUCACGUUAGCCAAUCACAUGGAAGCUGGUGGCAAAGCAGGACGAAUCCACAUAACAAAAGCUACGCUAAACUAUCUGAAUGGUGAUUAUGAAGUGGAGCCGGGCUUUGGAGGGGAACGCAAUGCUUACCUCAAGGAGCAUAGUAUAGAGACUUUCCUCAUUGUCCAAUGCAGCCAAAAACGGAAAGAUGAGAAAGCAACAAUAGCCAAAAUGAAUCGCCAACGUACUAAUUCCAUUGGUCACAACCCACCACACUGGGGAGUAGAUCGCUCUUUUUAUAAUCACUUAAGCACCAGUCAAGUUUCUAAAGAGAUGAAAAGAAUGGGUUUUGAAGAUCCAAAAGACAAAAAUAUCCAGGAAAGCAUGAAUCCAGAAGACGAGGUGGAUGAGUUUCUGGGUCGUGCAAUUGAUGCAAGAAGUAUCGACCGGUUACGUUCAGAGCAUGUUCGCAAGUUUUUGUUAACGUUCAGGGAGCUUGAUUUGGAGAAAAAGUAUUCCAAACAGGUGGAUGAUCGAUUUGGUGCAUAUGUGGCUUGUGCUUCCCUAGUCUUCCUCUUCAUUUGCUUUGUUCAGAUCACAAUAGUGCCACACUCAGUGUUCAUGCUGGCGUUUUACCUAUCCUGUUUUGUGAUAUUGACCACACUAGUGUUUGUUUCGGUCAUUUAUUCCUGUGUAAAGCUGUUUCCAGGUCCACUCCAGACUCUUUCACGGAAGAUUGUUCAGUCCAGGAUCAAUAACACCCUAGUCGGAGUCUUCACUAUUGUAUUGAUUUUCCUCUCAGCCUUUGUCAAUAUGUUCACCUGUAGUACUGUGGACCUUCUUGACUGUAUAGCUGCAGAGUAUAAUCUCACUCCUCCUGAGGUGAAUUUGUGCCAUAUUAGCUAUUCCAAUUAUAGCCUGGAAACCACAGAAGGAUUCUGUGCUACUUCUCAGCCAAACUGUAACUUUCCAGAGUACUUCACCUACAGUGUUUUACUGACCCUCCUGGCUUGCUCCGUGUUCCUUCAGAUCAGCUGCAUUGGGAAACUCAUUUUGAUGUUGAUUAUUGAAUUUAUAUAUGUCCUCAUUGUGGAAGUGCCAGGCCUUACCCUCUUCGAUAAUGCAGAUCUUCUGGUUACAGCCAAUGCCAUCGUGUUUUCCAAUGAGACUGAGAAUGGAAUAUGCAACUUCUCAGAAUUCUACGUGGAGUUAGAGGCCAACAAUGAAGGGGUGGAGUGCUUGAGGCUCCUCAAUGAAAUCAUUGCUGAUUUUGAUGAGAUAAUAAGUGAAGACCAAUUUCGACAGCUGGAAAAGAUCAAAACAAUAGGGAGCACAUAUAUGGCUGCUUCGGGUCUUAAUGAUUCCACCUAUGACAAGGUGGGCAAAACGCAUAUCAAGGCCCUGGCGGACUUUGCAAUGAGGCUAAUGGAUCAAAUGAAGUACAUCAAUGAGCAUUCGUUCAACAAUUUCCAGAUGAAAAUAGGGCUCAAUAUUGGUCCUGUAGUAGCAGGAGUCAUAGGUGCACGUAAGCCCCAGUAUGAUAUUUGGGGCAACACUGUGAAUGUAGCUAGUCGAAUGGACAGUACAGGAGUCCCCGAUAGGAUUCAGUUAACUUGCAAUCACCUCCUUGUCUCUCUCUUUCUCUCUCUUCAGGCUACUGAAGAAAAGGAGGAGAUGGAGGAGCUGCAGGCCUACAACCGACGGCUUCUCCAUAAUAUCUUGCCAAAGGACGUAGCAGCCCACUUUCUUGCACAGGAGCGGAGAAACGAUGAACUGUAUUACCAGUCCUGUGAAUGUGUGGCUGUCAUGUUUGCUUCCAUCAGCAACUUCUCAGAAUUCUACGUGGAGUUAGAGGCCAAUAAUGAAGGGGUGGAGUGCUUGAGGCUCCUCAAUGAAAUCAUUGCUGAUUUUGAUGAGAUAAUAAGUGAAGACCAAUUUCGACAGCUGGAAAAGAUCAAAACAAUAGGGAGCACAUAUAUGGCUGCUUCGGGUCUUAAUGAUUCCACCUAUGACAAGGUGGGCAAAACGCAUAUCAAGGCCCUGGCGGACUUUGCAAUGAGGCUAAUGGAUCAAAUGAAAUACAUCAAUGAGCAUUCGUUCAACAAUUUCCAGAUGAAAAUAGGGCUCAAUAUUGGUCCUGUAGUAGCAGGAGUCAUAGGUGCACGUAAGCCCCAGUAUGAUAUUUGGGGCAACACUGUGAAUGUAGCUAGUCGAAUGGACAGUACAGGAGUCCCCGAUAGGAUUCAGGUCACCACAGACAUGUAUCAGGUUUUAACCGUCAACAACUACCAACUAGAAUGCCGAGGGGUUGUGAAAGUCAAAGGUAAAGGAGAAAUGACCACCUACUUCCUAAAUGAAGGCCCGUCAGCAAGUUAGCGACAGUGGGCAAGGAUGACUCCAUUGAUUCAAACACAAUAGCAAGUUGGAGAAAAUGUCACUGUUUCACAGUGAAUCUAAAUCCCAAGGCACAGUUGAGUAUUUCAUGAGAUGCCUUUUUAGUAGGAUUGUGUGCGAAGGGAAA